GAAACACACAGCAGGAGCCACGGACAUGUGCGGCUACGGCGCGGGAGCAAAUUUACUUCACGAAAUAAGUCAGAUUGAGAUGUUUUGAACCGUCUCCAUCAUGUCUCAUGCUGAAGUAGAGUUUGCACGCGCUUUCCCAGCUUUACCUGUUGAAUUAGAGGACGACUGUCUCUCCAGAGUGCCAAUGCUGCACACACACUCUUUAAACGCAAGGAGAAACUCAUACGUGCUCCAUAAACUGGACCCUCAGAUAUACAAUGAGACGCUCUCCAAAGCUUUAUCGUGGUCCGCAGAAAACAUACUGUUAUCUGCAGACGCUAAAACGGACCCUUCGCCUCCAAUGUCUCCAUCUCCAGUGUCCAGCCCGGAGUCUGUUACACCUAAUGCAGAUUCAGCAGCUCCUGAGGAUUGGAGAAGCCCUGUCCAGCAGCCUCGGUCUCCUCAGGAUGCCAGUUCAGAUUCGGAUAAUGAGGGACCGAAGGGGGAGGAUGUGGUGCGACGGCGGCAGUUUUUAAGCAGGCUGGAGCAGGACGAGAAAGAGGACAUUGAGACCAAAGCCGUGGCUACUUCACCGGAUGGACGAUAUCUGAAGUUUAACAUUGAAAUCGGGAGGGGGUCUUUUAAGACGGUCUAUAAGGGACUGGACACCGAGACCACGGUGGAGGUGGCGUGGUGCGAGUUACAGACUCGCAAACUGAGCAAAGUGGAGCGUCAGCGCUUCAGCGAAGAGGUCGAGAUGCUCAAGGGUCUCCAGCAUCCAAACAUUGUGCGCUUUUACGACUCCUGGAAGUCCAACGUCAAAGGCCACAAGUGCAUCCUGCUGGUCACUGAGCUCAUGACUUCUGGCACUCUCAAAACGUAUCUGAAGCGUUUUAAGGAGAUGAAGCUGAAGCUCCUGCAGCGGUGGAGCCGGCAGAUCCUCAAGGGGCUUCACUUCCUGCACACACGCACUCCUCCUAUCAUCCACCGGGAUUUGAAGUGCGACAACAUCUUCAUCACGGGGCCCACAGGAAGUGUGAAGAUCGGGGACCUGGGACUGGCCACUCUCAAGAGGGCCAGCUUCGCUAAAAGCGUCAUAGGAACCCCAGAGUUCAUGGCUCCUGAAAUGUAUGAGGAGAAAUACGACGAGGCGGUGGACGUUUAUGCAUUUGGCAUGUGUAUCUUGGAGAUGACCACAUCCGAAUACCCAUAUUCAGAGUGCCAAAACGCUGCCCAGAUUUACCGCAAAGUUACCAGUGGUAUAAAGCCGGACAGUUUCUACAAAGUGAAAGUUCCUGAGUUAAAGGAAAUCAUCGAAGGCUGCAUCCGUAUGAACAAAGAUGAAAGGUACACCAUCCAGGACCUGUUGGAGCACACCUUCUUCCAGGAGCACAACGGUGUCCAUGUUGAACUGGCCGAAGAGGACGACAUGAUCAAGUCCGGCCUGAAGCUCUGGCUCCGCAUGGACGACACCAAAAAACUCCACGGAAAGUACAAAGACAACAACGCCAUCGAGUUCCUGUUCGAGCUCUACAAAGACGUGCCGGAGGAGGUGGCGCAGGAGAUGGUUGUUUUGGGCUUUGUUUGUGAGGCAGACUACAAGCUGGUGGCCAAGGCUAUGCGAGACCGCGUGACGGCCAUCAAACGCCAGCGGGAAAAACGUCGUCGACUAGCAGAAGAGCAGCAGAAGAAAAAGGAGGGAAUCAUUGAGGAAGAGCCUGAACUGCUGUCUCCCAGAGCCACCAUUCAGAUGUCUGAGACCCCUACUCCAUCUCCGGUGCAGAUCCCAUCCACUCCUGUUUUUCCAGAGCCCAUCUGCUCUCCCGCUACAGGAUCAUCAGAUUUUGGGAUUAACGGGGGCUUCCCACCCGAACCAGAGGAACCAGAGGCCGAUCAGCACUUUCAAAUCCGACAAACGAGCUGCUCCUCAGCGACCUCUGACUGUGAGACUGAUGGAUAUCUCAGUCCCUCUGGAUCACAGGAUUGUACUGAGGCUUCAACAGGCAACGUUAGCUAUUCUCCAACCCGCCUCUCUCAGCAGACCACACCCACUGAUGCCCCGCCCAUUAUCAGCCCACCAAUCCCAGCUCUUCGUUUCCCUUCAAGUAUUGCUGUGUCUGCUAAAACCGAAAGAGGACCACUCAGCCCUUUCUCCUCACCUGUGGACAGUUAUGCUUCAGAUGUGACGUCAGGCUUGAGCGAUGGCUACGAGGGACAGUCGGAGCGAGGCAGUAAAGCUGCUGCCAGACGCACAGCAGGGAAGCUGUUUAGAAGGAGAACACGGUCCCGCCUGCGCAUUACAGGGUUGUCUGAUAAAGUGGACCGGGUGGUGGAAUGUCAGCUACAGACUCAUAAUGAUAAAAUGGUCACCUUCAAAUUUGACCUGGAUGGUGACAACCCUGAAGACAUUGCUGCGGUAAUGGUGCAUAAUGAGUUCAUCCUGCCGUCGGAGAAGGAGGGUUUCAUCUACCGCAUCGCUGACAUUAUAAAGCGAGCAGAGUCGAUGAUGAAGAAGGACUCGUUGGGUCAUCAUGAAAACCAUGGGGUCUCCCGUCCCUCGUAUAUAAACAACGUCAACUCACUGUCCGCUUCUCAGCCAAACCUGCACAGUCUGGCACGAGCUCAUUCCUCUUCCUCUCUACCAGCGGAGUUGGGUCUGGGCUCCGGGGCCAGGGCUUCUCCUCUGGGAGCCGCUGGAGACAUUACCUCAUCCACACGUCCACUCUUACGCUCGCAGUCUUUCCAUAACGCUCCAGGGUCUCCUCACCCUCAUCACAUCCCACCAUCCUCAGUCUACCCUCCUGAUCCCAGAAUGCCUCACUCUAAUCUACCUCACAUGCAGCAAUACAUUCCCUCUUAUAUUCCCGCCGGCACACACUUCCCGUUCCCCUACCCUCCUCACCCGGCCUCUCCAAAACCAGCACACACUCCCCUAUCCCGUGUCCACAGCAGUCCCGCAUACACCCUGUCCUCCACGCCUGCGUCCCCCAGUCCGCUGAGCUCUGAUAUUCCACCAGACGUCAACAUGAUGUCUCCGGCUCCAGCCAUGUGGCCUCCGCACACACAGCCUCUGUUUUCUCUGGCUAAUGUCUUGUCUAUGGCGAUGAGCAUGGCGCAUUCCUUCAUGCCCGCGCAGAACCUCGUGCAAACCAUGCCGGGUUUCCAGGCGGGUUAUCCUGCCAUGUUUGCACCCCAGUAUUCACCAUCUCAAGAGUAUUACCAGACUAUGGACACCCAGUUUCGAGAUUCUCCAAUGUCGCCUCCGAACAGAGCAUCUUCAGCUCCUGCCACCGGUGUCUCCAUAUCAGUCCAGCAGGAAGCGUCGGGUCAGGAAGGAGCGAUGUUUGCCAAGGAAACCUGUAAGGAAAAUCCGCAGGACUACAGAUCUGCUUCCUCCAGACUCCUACUGGAGCAUCGGAGCAGUCCUGGAUCUUCAUCGGGGCGCUCGUCUUCACCACGAGCGAGUCCUGACAGCAGGGUGUCGUCAUCUAGUCCUCGAUCAUUGUCCCCGCUGGCAGCACUCGAGACUACCCGAGCCUCGCAGAGCCGAGAAAACUCUUUACCAUCUGGGAGCCAAUGCAGAGAGGCUUUUCCAGAGCCAAAAUCCACUGUGACUGUGGGCCGUUUUCAAGUGACCCCCAGUAAAGAGAUUCCCGCUUCAUCCAGAUGUGCCGAAAGCGAAAAAACACCCGGCCCAACUCCAUCUGUCCUCCAUUCAGAUAAUCCCAUCAGACCCCUGGAUCAGCCUUUUUUAACUCAAAAUCCCCCUCAGUGUGAUUUAUCGAUUUCUGCUGAGCCGCCCGAGGCCCGGAGCAAUCAGGGAAACCAGGACAGACAGGAGGUUAAUGAUGACGAUGAUUAUGACGAAGAUGAAGAUAAGAAGCAGAGGAGGAAGAAGAAGGGACGGAGAGUGGACUGCGGCCCGGGUCUGAUGGGGACGUCGGUGGACAGUGGUUUUUCAGUGUGGGAUGGAAACGCAGGCAGCCCCCCGUAUGCCACGCCCCUGCACAACCUGUGGAUGAGCUACACCAGAAGCUCCUCCUACAUGAGCAGCGACGAAUCAGAGAGCGAGGAUGAGGAGAUGUGGGAGGAGCUACAGGAGCUCAGGGAGAAGCACCUGGGUGAGGUUCAGUCUCUGCAGGCGGUGCAGAAGCGAGAGAUUGAGGAGCUGUAUGCGAAGAUGGGCAAGAUUCCUCCUCCAUGUAUCGUGUCUCCGGCAGCGAUGCUCUCCAGCCGCCAGCGCCGACUGUCUAAAGGAGGAAACUUCCCAUCAUCCCGCAGGAACAGCCUCCAGAGGCUCGACAUCCUCCCUUUAACAGGCAUCAUGAGGAAGAACUCUCUGAGCGGCGACAGCAGCAGCAGCAGCAGUUCACAGGACGGCUCACGACACACUAAAGGAGUCACUUUCGCUGCUGAUUUCACCAGAAUGUAAUCAGUAUCUUCAGCCUGAUUCAGUGACGGGACGCCACACACCUGACUACCUCAUACAUCUGUGACUGCUUUCACCACGGCCAAUCCAGUCACGUAUACUGACAGACUGGAUUAUUGUCAAACACAAUGUACAGUUUCCUCAUGCUCUUCCGCACACUUGAUUCUGUGAACAGCCAAUGCUUUUUUGAUGCUGUGACGUUUUCUCUGAAGACCCAUUCAGGACUAUCUCUCUUUUUUGCACUUUCUAAAAACAACGCCUGGACCUGCUGAACGGGCAGACAUCUGAAUCAACAGUCCGUCACUGGACAUCAGACGUCCUGCUGUUUCUGUUCUACUGCCUGUGUAGAAACACCAAAUCAUCACGCAAUACUCAAACCGCCAGCAGAUCCUGAUCUACUUCUGCUAUUACCGGCUCAACCGGGUCUCUUUUACAUGGGGGCUGUCAUGAAUUUAUUAAAUCGGAAAUAAAUAAAUCAAUUCAAAAUGCUUAUGCUUGUAGGUUUCUUCCAGUUCUGACUUUUCAGCCAGAAAUGAAAGAAUCCUGCAAGAUGCUAAUGCAGAGUCAGGCUAUGUUGUGAAGGUCUGAGUUGCAAAAAAUAAAUCAUUGUGAGAGUCAAAAUUGCACCAAAAAAAUUAUAAUUAAUUUAAAUAAAAAUUAAGUCACAAUUCUGUGGAUUUUUUUAAAUAUUUAAAUUAUAAUGUAAUUGAAGAACAUGCAGAAUUACUGAAAUAAAACUACAUUACCUGAUAAUGUAACAAAUAAUAACUUGACUUCAAAUACUGCACAAAUACACAAAUACUGCAGAAAUACAGUAUUUCUGUAUACUGCAGAUGACCUAUUGGAACCCGCGUGGACCAAGAUUCUCACUGAAAUUAGUCAAGUUUGGUGAAGGAAAAAUCAUGGUUUGGGGUUACAUUCAGUAUGGGGGCGUGCGAGAGAUCUGCAGAGUGGAUGGCAACAUCAACAGCCUGAGGUAUCAAGACAUUUGUGCUGCCCAUUACAUUACAAACCACAGGAGAGGGCAAAUUCUUCAGCAGGAUAGCGCUCCUUCUCAUACUUCAGCCUCCACAUCAAAGUUCCUGAAAGCAAAGAAGGUCAAGGUGCUCCAGGAUUGGCCAGCCCAGUCACCUGACAUGAACAUUAUUGAGCAUGUCUGGGGUAAGAUGAUGGAGGAGGCAUUGAAGAUGAAUCUAAAGUAUCUUGAUGAACUCUGGGAGUCCUGCAGGAAGGCUUUCUUUGCCAUUCCAGAUGACUUUAUUAAUCAGUGAUUUGAGUCAUUGCAGAGAUGUAUGGAUGCAGUCCUCCAAGCUCAUGAUGGAGUCAGACACAAUAUUAACUCUGUCCACUGCACCGUGACUUUAUAUUCUAUACUGGACAUUAUUUCUGUUAGUGACAAGACUUUAGUCUAAGCAAAGUCCGACAUUACUGUCCAUAUUUUAAAUAAUUCAAAAUCAAGGCAUGAUCAUAUUUUAUUUUGAUAAAAUAAGUGUAAUCUAGAGGCCUUUACCUUUCAUAUAAGCCACUUCUGAUACCAAAUGAUCAACUAGAAGUCAAGAUAUUAUUUGUUGCUCCUAAAACUUGGAUAGGCGACAAGACUUCUGUCAGGUAGUGUAAUAAUUCUAAGAAAAAUGUGAGAUAAAAGAUGCAGAAUUAUAAAUCUCAAAAGCCAGAAUCACAACAGAGCUUAGAAACUCAUAAUUUUGAGAAUUAACAAUGCAAUUUGUGACGUUUAAUAACUCAAAAUUAUAAGGAUUUAAAAAUACCUAUUCAAGUUUUAUUUUUUAAUCCCAUAACUGAAAUGUACUUCAGUCCUUUUAUAAUAAUAGUUCAAAUGUGAAUAAAAAUAAAUAAAUAAAUUUAGUGAGGGCGGAUGUGUUAAAUAUAUACUAUUUUUGCAUUGAUUAUGAGAUUUUUGUCUGUUGAGAUGCAAAACUUCUUAUCCUGGAAGUUUCUUUAUGUACAUUUACAUAUAUAUUUUUAUGUCUUUCAUUGGUCUACGACAGAUUUUAAUGUAUUAAUUGCACCAAAAAUCAACGCAAACAUCAGCCAUAAAGUUGAAGACAAUUGUAAAUGAUAUGCACGCUGCACUUUGGCAUAAGGACCGACGUCCUGAACAAUAGUCAUUAAUAAACCAUUGACUGCUGAUGUUUACAAAGGGCAGUCAGUAAAAGUGCAUUCAUUAGCUUUAUUGUAUUAUAACACAGACUUUUCCACAUUCAUGCUUUGUGUAGUCGUAGCUCUGAAACGUUGUGUGGUGAAAUCACUGUUUAUUUUCUGAAUUAACUUAUGAGAAAUCUACUUGCAUGCUGUCCCUGCUGAAAAAUCCAGCUUAAACCAGCCUAGGCUGGUUGGCUGGUUUUAGCUGGUUGACCAGCCUGGUUUUAGAGGGGUUUUGGCCAUUUCCAGGCUGGUUUCCAGCCAUUCCCAGCCUGGUCUUAGCUGGUCAGGCUGGAAAAUGACAAGCUAAAUACAGCUAAAACCAGCUUGACCAGCCUGGUUUAAGCUGGACAUAGCUGGUUUUGGCUGGGCUUCCAGCCUGGCAAGGUGGUCAAGCUGGUUUUAGCUGGUCAUUUUCCAGGCUGACCAGCUAAGACCAGGCUGGAAAUGGCUGGAAACCAGCCUGAAAGUGGCCAAAACCCCUCUAAAACCAGGCUGGUCAACCAGCUAAAACCAGCCAACCAGCCUAGGCUGGUUUAAGCUGUUUUUUAUAGUAGGGGUCGAAGAGGGAAUCGGAAUAUAUUUACAUGAUAAUGGAUGCUGAAUGCUGCAUAAAUCCGUAUAAUGUAUAAAAACUUGGCUUUUGGGUUUCUCUCGGGAUGUAUUUCAAUUUCCACGCAGAACGAAGAGUUCUAAACGCAGCAUCUUUACAAUGACGAGCCAAGAAGAUUGAUCCAUGACUCAAUAGAAACUGUGAAAACUCCUAUAAAUGCCUUUCGUAUGUGCCGUGAACGAGUCUGCAUUCACUUACAGACACAAACAAAGCGAAUGUGUUUUAGAUUGAGAUAAAUGUGACCAUGCUCUGUUAUACUGAUCGCUUCAACGUGCACCGCAACACUUCCAUGCUGUGCCUUCUGAUCAUGUAUAUUAUAUAUUCAAAAUCAUCUUUGUACAUUAAAGUCAAUAAAAAUAGCUAUGAAUAAA